GGCAGAAGUUGCAAUCGAAGACAAAAACUUGACACGUAUUUCGCAGGUCUGAAUUGAUAAACAAUGUAGACACAGGAAGACCAAUUGGAGGAUUAUUGCUUCAAUAUCAGCCAUAAAGCCGUAUGGACAACAAGCGUUCAUCUCGCUCCGUGUCCUGCGGGCGCAGACCGGUGACCUCACCGCCUCGACUCAACCGUCAACACCAAGCGUUCGAUUGUCAACAUUACAGGCAAUGAACGGUAGUGCGUCUCGGGAUUCGUGAAGGUCCAAUUAAGGCAUCAAAAUGAGGUUGUUGAUGUCUCUACUGAAGAACACCAAUCCCAAAGUGGAAUAUUACUCCAGGUUCUCACCGUCUCCGCUCUCCAUCAAACAGUUUUUGGAUUUCGGCAGGGAGAAUGCAUGUGAGAAAACAUCAUACAUGUUCCUGCGUAAGGAGCUGCCGGUGCGUCUGGCCAACACCAUGCGAGAGGUCAACCUGCUGCCCGAUAAGCUACUCAGCCAGCCGUCCAUCCGUCUGGUCCAAAAAUGGUACAUGCAAAGCUUCGUGGAGCUGCUGGAUUAUGAGAACCGGAAGCCUGAGAAUCCUCAUGCGCUGAACGACUUCCUGGAGCUUUUGAUCGAGAUCCGGAACCGUCACAACGAUGUGAUUCCGACCAUGGCGCAAGGCGUUGUCGAGUACAAGGAAAAGUUUGGCUUCGACCCCUUCAUCAGCAGCAACAUCCAAUAUUUCCUCGAUCGCUUCUACACCAAUCGCAUCUCCUUCCGCAUGCUCAUCAAUCAGCAUACGCUCCUGUUCGGUAACGACACCAACCCGGCUCAUCCCAAACACAUCGGCAGUAUUGAUCCCACCUGCUGCGUGGCUGAAGUUGUCAGUGAUGCUUAUGACACUGCCAAAAUGCUUUGUGAGAAGUACUACUCGGCUGCUCCUGAGCUCCACAUUGAAGAGUUUAACAUGAAGAGCCCCAAAAGGUCCAUCCAGGUGGUCUAUGUUCCCUCUCAUCUAUUCCACAUGCUGUUUGAACUCUUCAAGAACUCAAUGAGAGCCACAGUGGAGCUUCAUGAGAACAGCACAAAGGGAUUACCCCCAGUGAAAGCAAAAGUCACUCUUGGUAAAGAGGAUCUGUCCAUAAAGAUCAGUGACAGAGGUGGAGGAGUUCCUCUCAGGAAGAUCGACCGCCUUUUCCACUACAUGUACUCCACCGCCCCGACGCCCAGCCUGGAGCCAGGCGCCGUCCCGCUGGCCGGUUUUGGCUACGGUUUACCCAUUUCUAGGCUCUACGCCCGAUACUUCCAAGGUGAUCUGAAGCUCUACUCUAUGGAGGGUGUGGGCACGGAUGCUGUCAUCUAUUUGAAGGCUCUGUCGAGCGAGUCCUUUGAGCGUCUUCCCGUCUUCAACAAGUCAGCGUGGCGACAUUACACCACCAGCCCCGAAGCGGACGACUGGAGCAACCCCAGCAAGGAACCGCGCGAUGCCAGCAAGUCCAAAUACAAAACCAACAGAUAACUCAGCACACCCCUUUGCCAUCAAAAUAUCCGUCUUUAGUAUCGAUGUCAUCCAGCAGGUCUCGUUUCAUUAAGAACCGGCGACGCCCGCUCAAAUAUCCUUUCACCUUUGGUGUGCUGCUUGGCCUACCUUAGCUUGGCGCAGUGAGUCUUCAUCAGCCAAAGGUCAUUUUGGCUUCUCCCCUCACACCCUGGCUUCGGGUUUCUUCGAGAGGUACCUUUGACCGGACGCACAAAAAGGCCAGUGUGGUAGGAGCAGUUGUAUUUGGGAGUCUUGUUUCAGUCAAGAUGGGAUUCUGCAACUCAGAUAAAGCCUUACUAUUGAUUAUUAUGUUUUAGGUUUAGAACAGCAAUUUUUUAUUUUAUCUCAUGAGCAAACACACCACUUGUAAACAUUUAUCAGCUUUUUCCACUGGAUUGCUUUUCUUUUACUGUAAUUAUUUUGACUUCAGAAAAAGUCAUUCCUUUUAAUCAAGCAGCACAUAAAUGUUUUGAAGGCUGCAAAAUCAAAUACUGCUGAAUUGAACAGUACAAAACAGUGCACUUUACUCAUAUUACACUGAAUAUAUACAUUUAAUUGUACUUAAAUUCGACUUAAUCAAUUGUAAAGAUUUUUUUAAUACGUCUUUGAAUUUCUCUCAUAAUAAUGAAAGAUUGAAAGCGGUGAAGAGAAGAGUUUGUCUUAUGACGGAUGGCCUGUUUAAGCCUUAUUUGCAUCUGUUCUUUAUAUAUAUUGAAGAAGAACUCCAGUCUGUACAUCUAACUAUAAAUAAUAUAUUUGUUGCAUAUGUAUGCAGCAGGCCAGCUAGUGCUGGAGCGAUGGCUUUCAUUUUCCCCAUCUCACAGCUUCAAAUGAUGUAUUAAUAUGCAUGAACUGUGAUGGUGACCAUAUGCAAUCAUCAACCAAAAAGCCAGCGAGAGCAAAGAUUUGAUUCACCUUUGGUCAAACAUGACAAUAAAUAAAAAAAAAAAAAUAGAUGUCGUGCGUGAUGUGUGUAAGGA